UGCUUAGGUUCUCUAAGAAGACAAUUAAGUACUAGAAAGAAAGAAUGAUCUUGAAAAUGAACAUUCACUCUUCUAAAGUAUUUUUUGCAUUGUUUUUAGCUUUCUCUUGUCUAUGUGUUCAGCUCGAAGCACAGCUUCGAGUCGGAUUCUAUUGUAAUUCAUGUCCAUUAGCUGAACGCAUUGUGAGGGAAGAAGUUAUGAAAGGGUUCAUGAAUGAUAAAGGGAUUGCACCUGGUCUUGUCAGAAUGCACUUUCAUGAUUGCUUUGUUAGGGGUUGCGAUGGAUCAGUUCUCAUCGACUCCACUUCCUCGAACACCGCCGAGAAGGAUUCACCAGCAAACAGUCCCAGCCUUCGAGGGUUUGAAGUCAUCGACAACGCAAAGACUAGACUUGAAUCUCAAUGUAAAGGGGUAGUAUCAUGUGCAGAUAUAUUAGCCUUCGCAGCUAGAGACAGUGUAGCAAUAACGAGAGGGCAAUCAUAUAAUGUUCCAUCUGGAAGAAGGGAUGGCAGGGUUUCUUCAGAGUCAGAAGUACUACAAAACCUCCCAGGAUUCAGUUUCAAUGUUGACCAACUUACACAGAACUUUGCAAAUAAAAACUUAACGCAAGAAGAAAUGGUCACCUUAUCAGGAGCUCAUACGCUUGGUCGAUCUCAUUGCACAUCUGUCGGCAGUAGGCUAUACAACUUUAAUGGAACGAACGGGCCAGAUUCCACUCUAGAAUCAAAAUAUGCAGGACAAUUGCAACAACAGUGCCCAGAAGGAAGCACAGAUUCAAGUCUAGUGGUUUCAAUGGAUCCUCAGACUCCAUUCGUCACCGAUGUAAACUACUACCAGGAUCUCUUAGCCAACCGAGGCUUGUUCACUUCUGAUCAGACCCUCUUGUCAAACUCUAACACAGCUAAUGAGGUGAACCAAAAUGCAAGGAAUCAGUUCUUGUGGAUGAGAAAGUUUGCAGCAGCUAUGGUUAAAAUGGGUCAGAUUGAAGUUCUUACUGGCAAUGCUGGAGAAAUCCGCGCAAACUGUAGGGUGAUCAACUAAGAAAUUAUGGUGUAAUGAAUUAUGAGUGUAAUCAAUCUUAGAACAUUUUAUUAGCUACCUUAAAUGAUAAGGUGCUAACAUAUUUUAGGUGCUAAAAUGAUUCGUAGUGUUUGGGGAGCACCUAAAAUUAAAUUUCAGGUGGCUAAAAUGACUUAAAUGAUAAGUUAAAAAAUUUACCUUUU